CAGGGUGCUCUCUUUAUGGCCCUAACUUUCUUCAAUGUCUCUGAUCCUAAUUGUCUACAAACCAACCAUAUCACCACUCACCUUAUCCCAACCCAAUCCCAGUACAAAAGGUACUCUUUCCAAUUCUUCCUUCCCUGCACAGCUCCUCUUCUUUGCCAGGCCUCAAUAGAGAAAACACAGGUUGUGCAAUACUCUCUAAACAUGGCAACAGCAACAGCAGUCCUCACCCCUGCAAGGGUCAACAGUGCAUUGAUGAGCUCAAGCAGCAAGACCCAGAGGAGGGUUAACAAGGUUAGGCAAAUAGUAGGAUUGAACUCCUAUGGAGGUCUUAAAGCCCACAACAGUGUUCUCUCUUUAGGGCUUCCAGUGACUACUGAACAGUGCUUUGCCACUGUUGUGAACUCUUUGAGGGCAAAAUCUGGGGGAAAAAGAAGAGGUGGUGGUGGUGCACUCUCUGCCACAUGUAGCAAGGUGGAUGAGAUAUUCCAGAUUGCUGCUAUACUCAAUGGGUUGACUCUUAUUGGGGUUGCUGUUGGAUUUGUGCUUCUCAGGAUUGAAGCAUCAGUCGAGGAAUCUCAGUGACUUGUUUAACAUUCUCAUGUAAUGUAGAAUCGAACUGUUUUUGGCUGAAUAAUCAAGCCUGUUGUUAUU